UCUGUUAAUAAGAAGCUGCAUACAUUUUUGAGAAAUUUUUCGGUGAUAAAACUUCUUAACCGAAAACAAAGAAAAUUAGGUUUCAGAUUUAUAAGCUAAUUAUGGAUACUAUUCAAGAAACAUGGCAUUCUAUCGAACGGUUAGUUGGCCGGUUAAAACUGCCAUCGCUAAUUGAAAGCUGCAAAACCGUGUGGCCUAAUAAGCUUGAUGUAGAAUUGUUGCUGCCGAAAUAUGAAGAUGAUUUAUUGGCGCUUGGAAAAAGUGUUUCUUUUCUUUUGGGGCAAGCUCUGGAAGAUAUUGACCUUCAGGUUUUAAUAAUCGCAUGCCUAUAUGAGUCGACGGCAUUCAUUUUGUCUGAAGAGCUUGAUGACAUCCAGAAAGCAAUUAGAAAAGAUUACGUUUGGGAUUAUGUGUUGAAGCUACCGGAAGCAAAAUCGAUUGUUGACAACUUAUACAAAUAUUAUCGAAAAGUAUUAUUAAGUGCAGACUGGUUCUACAAUUUUGGUGACCUGACGAGUUUUUGGAAUUUCUCAUGGGAUUUACUCGAACAGGAAGCUAUAAAAUACAUUUACCUAGAUCGAGAUAGCGUUGAUUUGAUUGAAAAGGUGUGCUUCAAUCUUUUAAGGUCAGAUUCCACUCACUUGUGCAUCAAAGGUGUAACGAUCCUGGAAGAAUGUAUCCACAGAACACGAAACCGAUCAUUAGUAAACCACGAAGCAGUGUACAAUGAACUGCUGACUCAAACUUGGCGUUUAUUCGAAAAUGACGAACGAAAUCAGCAGAUAUCUAUUGUGUUACUAGCUGCUCUAUUGGAAUGCGUCAGAAUUCUUGAGGUGGAUAAAAACCAGCUACGCAGUCUUGUCAGGGAUUUUCGAAGCUGGGCUAAAACAGAUAGUUUGAUGGAGAUAUUAUUGCAAUGCUUAGAGCGUUGUAAAAAUGUUAGCAAAACACUGUUUCUGUUGGAACAAAUAAUUCUCUUGUUGACGAUUGAUCACCCAAAUAUUCAUAUUACACAGUUCUCUGAUGUGGAUUCUAACAACAACGAAGACGAAACAAGUUCUGCUCUGCACAUUACGGAUGGCAGCAGCGAAAUUGAUUUUGCACUGCCAGAUUGGCGGAGUAAAGCCUACGAAUGUAGUAGCGGUCGUUUUCAUCGCUGGUCUAUAAAACUUUUGCAGAUGAUUGUUAAGGAGGUCGAGAAGAUUGAGAAUAAUAAUACUCUCUAUUUUCAGUACCUGGCUUGUAUUUUAUUCUUCAUUAUUGAUUGUCCUGGACUGGUAUAUAAAACAAACAGCGGAGAAUCAUUCAACAGAAUUGCUCGGUUGCUAGUGAGCUUUCUAGAGAAGGGAGCCGAGCAUCUAAAACAAAUGGACCUACAUAACCCAGUUAGUCCCAUGUAUCCAAGUUAUGUGCAAUUUUUCUCCGCCAGUGUCAACUCAGUAAAAGGAUUCAUGGAAACAAUGAUUAACAAUGAAAAACUGAAGGAUAUUUGGAAUAGUAAACCAGAUGUUUUCUAUGGUUUUGCGCAAAUACUAUCUUUGAUUGAAAUAUCUAAAAACCACAGAAUGGGUCUUGCUAUGCGCGCCUGUCGGAAGGAUGUGUCGAAAAAAACUGAAUAAUAGUUCACAAACUUCACAACAAUUUUCUUUGUACAAGUAUGUACGUUCAUAUUUGCUUAAACUUAUACAUUUUAAUAUAUGCAUACCGAUAAGCUUUAUUUGCAGGUAAAUAAAGCGCACAGGGAAUUAUUUUUAUGUAUUUUGAAUUUCCAACUGAAGAAAAGUAUUUUCUUCGCCAUUAUGUUAAGUCCAUGUUAUAAGUAUUGUUAUGCUACAAUAUCAGAAUAGGGUGAACAAGUUAUAAGGGUAACAAUUAACAAAUCUCUCGGAAUUGAUCAUCGAAUGUAAAAUUAUAGUAGCUAUAUAUAACUUCAAGAGAUAUUCC